GGGCAUGGAUCAAUGGUUGCCACAUGGUAGGGCUUCAACCCAUUGCAGUAAUUUUAGCAUCACUAUCAUACUCAACGUGUUUGUUCAUUGCCCUGACAUCCAGAGCUAACAGAAAGAGCACUGCCAAAUCUUGGAGGACUUAUCAAAAACUAAAUUGCAGAUGUUCUGGGCCUAUAGUACCUCAUAAGACAUAUUAUCAAUAUCCAUCUGCAUGUCUCUAUGCCGAUCAUAGGAGGAAAAAGCACCCAAAAAUAGCUUAGCCUCUAGCAUCAGCAAUUGCUACAAGAAGGUUUAUUCAAGUUUUAAGGCAAAAGAAAGGUGAUAACAAAUUUCUGGAGCAAAGAAUAAAAAA